AUGGGGAGCGACGUGGUGCAGAUAGUUAAAGAGGACAAGUGUGUAUCCGUUCACUCUGAAGAGUGUUUGCCAAACUUCACGUGGCAGCCUGAUAUCUACAAUUACACACCCAAUGGGACCUGGGCAGCCGAGCCAGAGGCUAUGUCUCCAAUCAUCCCCAUCAUAACGGCGCUGUACUCCGUAGUGUUCGUGGUGGGCUUGGUGGGCAACUGUCUUGUAAUGUAUGUCAUCAUCAGAUACACAAAGAUGAAGACAGCCACCAAUAUCUACAUCUUCAACCUGGCCAUGGCAGAUGCUCUGGUCACUACCACCAUGCCAUUCCAGAGCACUGACUACCUGCUCAACUCAUGGCCUUUUGGUGAAGUGGUCUGUAAAGUCUUCAUCUCAAUUGACUACUACAACAUGUUCACCAGUAUCUUCACUCUCACUAUGAUGAGUGUGGACCGCUACGUGGCGGUGUGCCACCCGGUGAAGGCCUUGGACUUCCGAACACCCGUCAAGGCCAAGAUCAUCAACAUCUUCAUCUGGGUGCUCUCCUCUGCUGCGGGCAUCCCUGCUCUGAUCCUGGGAAGCACUCAGACCAACAAUGGCACAACAGAGUGCGCCCUGCAGUUCCCCGACCCGUACGUCUACUGGGACACUCUGAUGCGGAUCUGCGUCUUCAUCUUCGGCUUCGUGGCACCCCUCCUCAUCAUCACUGUCUGCUACACGCUGAUGGUGCUGCGCUUGAAGAGCGUGCGGCUGCUGUCGGGCUCGCGGGAGAAGGACCGCAACCUGCGGCGCAUCACCCGCCUGGUGCUGGUGGUGGUGGCCGUGUUCGUGGUCUGCUGGACGCCCAUCCACAUCUUCAUCCUCGUCAGGGCGCUGCUUCCCGGCGUGCCCGAGACCACCGACGUCAUGGCCGCCUACUUCUUCUGCGUGGCCCUGGGCUACACCAACAGCAGCCUCAACCCCAUCCUCUACGCCUUCCUGGACGAGAACUUCAAGCGAUCGUUUAUGCGAGUUCUUUGCUAACCUACUUGUGAGAGCACGGUGUGCUGCCUGUGCAAUAAUGUUUCGUGUCACUUAAGCAGAUGUUUGAAUAAAGAGGUUGAUAAGAAAAUGAGGAAAUGUGUAGGCUUAAAUAACAUAGCCUAUAGGCUUAGAUUUUGACGCAGAACAGACUAUU